CCUAACACCUGCACACACCAUAGGGGCUAGUGCUGCCUGCCUUGGGCAUGGACUUAGGUGCAUCCUAAACAAAGCAUUCGUCACUUAAUAAAAAUCCUCUCCAGUUUACCAUCAUGAUACCCCCAGCCGACUCGUUAGUGAAAUAUGACAACCCACUUUUGGUGAGCAAGAAUACAGAAAAGAAGUCUCCAAAGGCCCGUCCUCUGAAAGUCAGUCCUCAGCAACAGGUUGUCACAGGUCCAGUUCCUCCUCCACCUAAACCGAAGACCCCAACAUCUGAUGCCACUAAGCAACAAACAGAAGAAAUUCUUAAUUCCAUCCUUCCACCAAGGGAAUGGAUGGAAAACAACCAGCUGUGGGUGCAACAGGUGGCCAGCACGCCCUGCACACGCAUGGAUGUGGUACACCUGCAGGAACAGCUGGACAUGAAGCUGCAGCAGAGGCAGGCCAGGGAGACAGGCAUCUGUCCUGUUCGCAGAGAGCUCUACACACAGUGCUUUGAUGAACUCAUCAGGCAGGUCACAAUAAACUGCUCUGAGAGGGGGCUGCUACUAUUGCGGGUUCGAGAUGAGAUCCGCAUGACCAUCGCUGCUUACCAGACACUGUACGAGAGUAGCGUGGCUUUCGGCAUGAGGAAAGCUCUGCAGGCUGAGCAGGGCAAGGCCGACACGGAGAAGAAGAUCGCAGGCCUGGAGAUGGAAAAGCGGGACCUGGAGCGGCAGGUGAACGAGCAGAAGGCCAAGUGCGAGGCCAUCGAGAAGAGAGAGGCUGAGCGGCGACAGGUGGAGGAGAAGAAGCACACAGAGGAGCUUCAGUUCCUCAAGCGCACCAACCAGCAACUCAAGACCCAGCUGGAAGGCAUCAUCGCUCCAAAGAAAUAAUUCUAUGCUGGAUAUUGACCUUGCUGUUUGAUAAAGCCCUGCACACGACUGUUCUUUCAAUGCAUAUUCAUGGAAAUACACACUUCCAAAG